GCGUCGAAGCAGCAGCAGCAGCAGCAGCUCGUGGGGCGUCGCAGGACGCGGCGCGGUGGCGGCGCGUGGCGCGGGGACGGACUGCGCUGUUUCGGCGGUGGAUGUUCGGCGCUGCAGCCUCGCGGCGGCCGCGGCUGCACCGCUGCCGCCCGCCCGCGGCGGCCGCUGGCGACGAGGCAGCUCGACGGGUAGCGUGCUCGCCGAGCCGUUCGCGGGCGCCGCCGCCUGGCCAGGCAGCCUGCAUGGCCGUCCCCCCUUCGGCAGCGGCGGGGGAGCGGGAUCGCCGCCGGCCGCCAUGUCUCGGAUCAGCGUGCGCGCGCUGCGGGUGCUGACGCCCGCGUCGGCGCUGGCCUCUCUCGUGGCGAACGCCAUCGCGCUCUGCUCCAACAGCUGGCUGCACAGCACCGAGCUCAUGCCGAACCCGAGCUACAACGGCUCCGGGGACCGCGAGCAGCUCGCCAAGAACACCGUGUCCGGGCUCUGGAAGAUCUGCUUCAACGAACCCGGUAAAUCGGAUAUGCAUUGUGUGAUGAUCGACUACUUUCCAAAGGAGGAGUACAGUCCUGAUCCCAACGACUCAACGAUGGCAAUACCUUACGCGGUGAAGCGUGCCUCGGCCUUCAUCCUGAUCAGCGCCCUGGUGCUGGUGGUGGGGGAGCUGCUGUGCUUCCUGGGCCACCUGUUUCGGCGCGGACGCGUGCUCACCUUUGCUGGAGGCAUCGCAUUCAUACUCUCCGGGCUCAUGAUCCUGGUGGGCAUGGUGAUCUACAUCUCGACCUUCAAGGCCGAGGUGGGCUCCAAGCUGCGGCCCAAGUCUUCCUUCCAGGAACCCCUGUUCACCUACAGCUACGGCUACUCGUUCCUGCUGGCCGUAACGGGGCUCAUGUCGUGCGAGCUGGCGGGUACCUUCUCCAUCUUCCUCUGCAUCCACCGCUACCAGCAGCAGCUGAGGAAGAAGCUCGACCGGCUCAAGCCCGUCGACCACCUGCCGGGCUGCCGGCGGUACCAGCAGCCGCUGCAGAGACACGCCUCGACGGCGAGCCAGCGCCUGCUGCCCCACUCGUCUUCCCCGCCUCCCACGGCGCCCGGCCGGAGCACGUCGGCCCGGAGGCACCACUCCUACCACCAGCAGCACACGGGCUCCGAGCCGAGCUCACUGGCGUUCGAGCCCCCGUCGCCUCCGGGCUCCUCGAGGCUUCACCACCACCAGCACCACCAGCAAGGCGGCGGCAGACCGCGCCUGCCGGCGUCGGAGUCGAUGAGGGACCUGUCGUACUACAACUUCCCGCCUUUCUCGAGGGACACGACCUGCAACACCGUCUCCACCACGGCCGACAACCUGACGCGCGAGUACUCGCGCGAGUUCUCGUUCGAGACGCUGCGCCGGACCACGCCGGUCUGAGGUUGUUGCCCGCUGUAGGUGUAGCUCUCGCGGUCAGUCUUCUUUUCUCCUCAUCGUUGUCGACUCGAAGACGACGACCAGCAAUCACUCACUCACUCUUCGUUGCGGAGGCGGCACUGUGUACAGCGGGCGAUGCUCGUUUAUCGAAAACCCUUCGUUCUGCUCCACGUAUUGCAAAUAAUGGACGCUCGUGUGUAGCAAACUUGAGUCCCCUGCGCUAGCAGUGAAGGAGAGGAAAGAGUUGAGGCCGGGUGCCAAUGAAGACGACGCCGUGACGAGUUCCUGCGAUUGCUUCACGGAAGGCUUGUGGUCAGAAUUCUCUCAGCUCAGAUGAUCUGUUGGUUUGUAGUCAUCGUAGAAUGCUACGUGUAGAAUGUCCAAUGGGCUCACGUUUCAAGGAAAUGGUAGGGAACACUUUUCCGGGCUUAGCUCUGAACUGCCAAGGGUGUGAGUGCUUAGAGAGAGAGAGAGAGGGGGAGUACGCAGAUAUUGGUUCAAGUGCCUAAUUUAGUCACGUACUGAAAAACAUACUGUCCAAUGUGCUUUUGUUUGGCUCAAUGCCCGAUGAAUCAUAUGUGGUGAGGACGUAUUAGUAGCUACAAGAAUCAUGCCGAUUUGUACAAACACAGUGAUAGUAAGUUACAAGACGAGUAUAAAAUUAAGUGGUGCUGCCGUCUUGUCGUCAUGAUGAAUUAUGAACAUCGGACACGUUCCACCAUCCGCAGGUCCUUGUGUCGCUUGCAGGGCACGCACAACGGAGCGCUUUAACAUAUCGAGAUUUGGCUGUCGGCCAGGAGCACUACUCAUGGUCGUACUGGCUGUAUACGGCGUCGCUGUACUCUUAUCGACAUUAAAGACAGCGAUAAGACGUUAGGAAACACUUAGUCGAAGAUAGCACCGUGCUAUCAAGCCCAUGUACGGUCAAAUCAAACCACAAGCUAACUAUUUCCGCAUCUGUGUCGGCUACGAUCACGAAAGGUAUUCUGAUGGCUUUGUCACUAUAGGGAGAGUCAUUCCAUUUGAUGAUAUGAUACUCAUAUCUGCAACUUGCACAAUAGGAAGCAACGUAGCGUGUAGUUUAGGCCCUUUCAAAAUAAAGAGAAUUCGCAGGAAGAAAAGAAAGCACCAAACCUACGGAACUACGGCAACGCCACCAACUCUGGUUCAAGCUCUCUCCUAGCGAGCCGCACAAAAACAUCGUGUAUGUGAAACUAAAUUUCGGCACUCGCACCCCCUAUUUGCGAAAGAAAGAAUAACACCUUCUUUCCUGAUGGCAGGAAUCAUAAAGAAAUGCAUUUCUGACUUCGCGCUGAACGUAGCAAUCUACUAGAUGACUGCACUCUGGAUGACAGCUCCUACUAACGACCGACUGCGCGAGAAAAGGUGUUGGUUCGUUCUUAAAGAAGAAUUAGUAAAAUGAAAGCAGCUCCUAGCUCAGUAUAAAGCUCAGUGGGAACGCGAUCAAAAACAGGAUGGCGCCGAGCCUCCCAGGCUCAUGUUGGGUGACCAAGGCUCCGGUUCAUGACAUGGCCUCAAAGACCGCACCUGCACUAUCUGAUCUCGAAGCCCAUGUAUUACGUAAGCUACUAGCUCUCAGAGAUGCCGCCUCAUGAUGCGCGAUUUGGGAGUCGUUCCUUUCCUGUUGUUCCACUCCUUCCUAUUUGAGUGAAAAAUCAGAGGCUGACGACAUUUUUGGCGCCUGUUCGGAAGAAGCAGACUAAAGGAAUUCAUAUGAAAUUUUGGCUCCGGGAAUGCGCGAAGUACUUCACGUCCUGACGAAACUAGUAUUUUAAGGUACACUAAGUUUAAAAAAUAACUGGAUAUGUCAUAUUAGAGCACCGUGAUCAUUGAUUGAGAGACGACAUGUGGUGCACGCAGAAACGAUUGAGCGAUGUAAAGGUGACUCUGGAAGAUUUAAUCCGCAACGGUGAAAAUUAGCCACAAUUUGGCCGGAAAGGGUGACGUACGUAGAACUUGAGGGCACUCGAACUUGGACUUCUCGCUCCAAAUCAUUUUUAUUCCCUUCAGCUAUUCAUCUACGCGGCAUCGCUCACCACAUGGCCGUGGGAAGGCGGCACGAGGCGCAUGAAUCGGUGUCCUGGUAUCACAGGGUUUUACGCGACACAGUGGUGCUGGCUUCGAUCUCCUCCCCUCAAUCUCUGCAAGCAGCCCUUACGUGAGACAAAUGUUCAGCCCGUUCUAAAACUGCUUAUACUCAUCCCAGGUAUCAAUCACCACUGGUAUCAAUAUUCCUGCUUAGUUUACAAAUCACGAUUCCCUCCUUGACUAAGUAAACCCCACCGAAGGGAUUACGUAAGCACUGAUGCUUAAAGCACAGAUCUCAUACUCAGGCACCAGUGAACCGUCUUUAUUACAUUGAUAUUGUUUUCAUCCGUGGUAGUAGGUUUUUAAAGUCAUCAACGCGUUCAGUAGUGUCCCGUAUCCGACAUAUUUGGCACAAUUCGAUCAGUUAGUAAACAAUUUAUACCCGUGCACUCGAAGUUGAAGAUUGACGAAGUACAAUACCAGGAAAGAAAUUCCAUUCUGUCACGUUACUGCUUUUAUUUGAGUAAUUUUGAAUAGCUACAAACUGAUACUCACUCAGGUUUCAUCUAUGGCAAGCCGCCGUUCAUAAUGAAGCACCAGACACCGAAUAAUGGGGUCGGUUACAGGACACUACUGCACGUUGUUGUCCCGGAAUGGCCUUUUCGUAUGCGCCAUCUCGCGGGCAUUGAGAGUACAUGUUCUCCUUGCGCGGGAGAGAGUUUCAUCUGGAUAGAUAUCGCGUAGGCUUUUCAACUGCCCUAACACAGAGGAGCGACAAGAACGCGUGUGUCGACGCAGCACCUCGGCUCAAAAAAUAAAAAAAAAGCAAGUCUUAGUAGUGCGCGCGACACUGUCGUGCGCCGAGGUGGUGGACUGAAGCGGCAAGUCGACGUUUGAUCGUCGCGACAUCUUUGUAUCUUAACACUUUCAAAGAGACUCCUUUCACAAGCAUCAUCGAAUUGUUCAAGUGGAGAAACUUUGUAUAAUGCAAUUCGCGCGUGCCGGUGGUUUGUUUCUGAAACCGCUGCAUGACACCGGUUUGGCACUUCGAAGUGCCCUCUAUUCCACGGAGUGGUGAACUGCGGUCUGCCCUAGCUGGCUGGGCGUAAGUGACGCAGUUGGACUUGCGGAAGUGACGUAAUCGACCAGACAUGGCGCCGGCUGUCAUCAGCCCUGUGUUGCUGCCUACGAGCAUAUCACCGCGAAGACCGCCGCCCCCUACACGCACUUCGUUCGGGAGAGCGGCCCCAUUACGUCACCGAAGCCACGCUCCCUACGGACUCUUACGUGUGUCAGUGCGUGUGUUCUUUUGUGUCUCUUCUCUUUUUCUUCACCCUGUGUGCUUUUGGAUGUGCGAGUGAUACCAAGCCGACGUAGCGGCGCUCGACACCGACGUAUCUCAUCUACGUAGCAGCUUCGACGGCACUCGUCCCGCCCUCCGUCUCCCAAUACCACUCACCAGUCCUUUCGUCAGUGUUGGUGCCACGCCUUCCUGUGUGAACUUUUUGUUCUUAUCACGUGUCGUGUGCACAGGUGACUGAGUUGUCUUUCUCUCUUCGCCACCCAUCCCCUUUUUUUUUCUUUGCACGAGUGCCAAGACAAACACAACACACACCGCGGCUGUACGGCCAGGCUGGCCGGAAGUGGUGUUUCGGAAAGCGGGGGGCACCUACCCCUGCUUCCGGUGCACGUGACUCUGUCGACGACCAAUCACAGGCAUCGCUUUGUGCCGGCAGCGCCACGAAGAGAGAGCGCGUCGACGAGAACAUUUCAACCAGACGAAACACGCGGUGGCUCAAAACAUGACCAGGGUUAUAUAUCCUCUCGAUCUUCAGGAAGGUUUUAGCUUAAAACUAUACCGAAGAGCGUUCAAUUUUUCGCUUGUGUAACCAUUCAUACCGUUAUAUGAUAGUUGACGAGACACACUUGUUUGUUGUAUGGUUAGUCAAGUUAGCGAUGUUCAUUUCACCUCGUUGGCUGAGUUCUUCGCGGAGUGCGUCGGCUGAGUGCUUGUCGCGGCGACGACUUUCCGCGCGCAUGCGCACGCGACUUCGCUGAUGCCACCAGAGAGCGCCGGCGUUCGCGAGAGGCAGUCUCUCUCAUUAACUCCGUAUUCAGAAAUGCAACUUAACUAGAAGCUCAUGCUUGACUUGAUAUAAAUGACGCCUGAUGCGAACGCGCCGAAGGCGCUCAUUGCGUUUCUUCUGGCGUAUUGAUGACAGGCGUCGUUUAAAUCAAGUCAAGCAUUGGCUUCAAAUUAAGAUGCAUUUCUGAAUACGGGGGUAAGAACGUUUGCUGUGGGGUCACUCAAGGAUGAUCACAGCCUACGUUUUAGGCAUAGUAAUGACGGCGUGAGCUUCCCUCUAAAUGUUUAGCAAAUGUAAUUCACCGCUUAGUGCUGGAGAUCACUUUGCCAUUUUGGCACUGCCGGAAAAAUUAUGCCUCCUGCUUCUGUUUUCUUUGUGGGUUUCUCUGCUGAACUUGCAGCGUACGAUGCUGCCUAAAUCGCUAUGAGUCGGAGACCAGGAUACGUAAUGAAUAUAAAUAAAUAACUAGGGAUAACGGCGUCCCUUGACAUCGGCGCUCACGUUUAAGAAACAUGCAAAAUAUUGACCACCUUCGUUGCUGUGAAAUUGAUUGUUUUGAAUGCUUAAAGAAAGCAGUGGCGCGCAACUUUUACUCGAGAAUUUCUUUGUGGGUGUGUGAUGUCCCAGAUACCAGAGUCGCUUGGGCAUACUCUAAUGACGCGUACAGAAAACUCUAAACAAGCAUAAGCAUUUUCGCAAUUGGGUUCUUGCGCCAAAAACACUACAUCAUCUACUUCACGAUUAAGUGAAUUUUUUGUGGUUCUCAUUCAUUUUAAAGGAACAAGGCUCUACACUACUAAGAGAGGCGGACACGAAACUCUGCGUAAAUCUGACUGAAAGCUAAGUUUAAAUCUACAGCUAAGAUGCGCCUGCUUCGGGGCCUAUCAAGUUGUUAAGUGGUUAUAGAGUGUUCAUGAAGCUCCUUUCGUUGCGUGACUUUGGCUUACUGCGUUGUAUUACAAGUGCGCAAGAAAGUUGUCUGUUUCUACGAGGCUCCAAGUUCUUAUGAGUACCGACCGCGGCGCCAACGUAGUUCUUGCCUAAACGUACCCUCCUGCGUACUGUAGACUAGAAUGGUUGCCCAAAACGCGCCAACACCUGAAUCUAUAUAGAGGGCGCCACUUUUACAAACAUUUGUCAACGUUUGCGGGGUGGACUUAACGCGGCAAUAGGAAUUUUCAAAGCGUCUCAACAAUGUUCUCGUGUGGCAUGUGGACAGCAGACCACGCGGCGAAAUUUGUCCACAGCCUAUAUCAUCGACUGUUGCCGAAAAUUUGCGAAGGCGGCGCCACUGCAGUAGCACAGCGGGCACUAUGCAUUUCUAUGGGAGUGUACAUGCAUCGUAUAGUGAUACGCCGGAGGGUGUGGUCUGAAUAACGCGAAAGUAAUGACGCAUGCAACAAACUUUAGACGAACAACAGGAGGAGUUUCGCCAUUGGGUUCUCGCGCCAAAAACACUCGGUUAUGUUUCGCGAUUUGGUGGAUUCAGUGCCAGCGCUGGAAAUAGGUCUGCCGAAACGGUUCAAAGUUCAUGACCAUUCAUUCAUUUGACAUUACUUUUACUACAAGGACGUCUCACGUAUCGCCGUUAUCUCUGGUCUUUAGGGGGAUGGAUGAACUUUGGCAGCAUCCUUUUCGAGAUUGCAAGGUGCUUAGUGCAACCAAGCUCGUUAUAUUUUUUUUUUAUCUUUCUGCUGUUCUUUCACUUCCUGUAUCAACGACGCCCUCUGGUGGAAGCGAGGUCACGUGCGCGCGCAGGUUUGUUUCGUCGACCGGCGCCUGCCUUCAUUUAACCGUGCUCUGGGCGAACGCAAGCUACCCCGGUUGUAUACUGGCACCUAGAGUCUGUCACACUUAUAAAACACGCAACACACAACAAAACACGAACCAAGUCUUGCAUAAACACACGAACGAGAGGAAAAAAAAAGUGCGCGUGCGAUCUCAAGCAAAUUCACACAGCAGGCAGCUGUGACUGAAGCGCGUUCUUCCGAUUCACGCAUGCGCAGCAGACAUGGCCAGAACCACUCUGCCGCGAAGAGAAUUCAGCCGCGUUGAAACUAUGCCAAGAUUAUCCUCGCAGGUCUUUGGGCUCAGGGGGCACGGGUUUCUUACGUGUAUUGUUUUUUUUUUUCCAUCAGGUGGACAUUUGGUCGACUCGAACAGGCCACACUGGAAUAGUGCCAAGUAAAUGGUGCACUGAAAGCGCCGCUGUUUUAGAACGGCAGUAAUGACUGGCUAAAGCCACGAGCAAAAAAAGUUAAGUUCUUGUUAGUUAGGGAAUGGAACUCGGUCACGAUGUCAUAAUUUAAGUGCGAAAUUGCCAAAGGAAAAGGAGUUUCUGUUGCUCAAGCAGGCUGGAGCAAAAUGGGUGGUAAAUGAAAGGUUGGAGUUUUGUGGCGCAAAGGUAACUCACCGUAAACUGCGUCGACGGCUCUGUUAUUCCUAGGUCAGGUGCCUAUCAAGAGCUAUACGCCAAGCCUUCUGCCGCAUUUCUUUUUUAAUUGUGCCAAGGCCUAUGCAGUCGUAAAACUGCAAUUAAGUUUGCCGUCUUACAAUUCCUUUCGAAUAUUACGUUAGACUAUAAAGUAUGUUCUAGUCAUAUCCUGUUUAUUUUUGACCAACUAUGUUUGGACGUGCAAAAAAAAAAAAAAAUAAAAACUACGCGCGCCUUCUUGACAUAGCGCGUGCUCUUGUGCAUGGUAGGGAUAUGCCGAAAUUUUUAUGCACGUAGGUGGUACGCCUACUUUUCUUUUGUUUUUCGACACAUAUGCGCAACUUAUUCUGCUUUUCACACCCAGAUACGAUGACAGUGUCUGGCGCACUCGCCUAGCUUCAAUCAGAAAGAGUGAUUACAGCCAAUGCCGUGCAAUAAAGGAGCUGUUUGCGUCAUGUCGACUAUAGGAGGCAAAGCAUGACGUACGACAAUGGACGGAAGACGAGACCUAAGCUAUACGUGUACUAAUGAAGUUGUAGGACUCGGUCAAUGCGUUAUUCGGGCCAUUUACCCUUUUUCGUCUAGGUUGUCUCCUAAUAUUUUACUUUAUUUCCAAGUCAAACGUACAGUUUUGACCUGAUAGUUUACACAAUAUUGUCAUUAACCGGAGGUAUAGAGAGUAACAUCAGCUAUAAUGGCGACAACUUGAUCAAACUUGAUCGGGGCACUCUGAUCAACCAGAAAAAUUCAGAUGUGUGUUAGUGGCUGCGGGAGUGUUCACGUCGAGAGGAAGGGGAAAAAAGUCGCUAUACUUUGGCGAGACAGGGGGAAUAAGUGUCUCAGUUUCGCACCUAGUCCGGUGCCUUAUGGCUCCAAGACGGCCCUGAGGUGGGAUACCAGGGUUUCCUGAAAAAUUUAGGUGAGAGCAUGGCAGGGAGUGAGUCAGUGCAGACGAUGUGGCGGUUACUCCGAUAGCGGCCACCCCUUGUGCAUCUGCUCCUCAAAUAUGUUCUUCAAAGCUUCGCUGACGAUAUUGCCCUCGGACCCUUCGACUCACGUUCAUGAAGCUUACGUUCUUGACAACGGCUUUACACCAGCGACUAAGUAAAACGAAGUCGGUCAUUUGAAGUAACAGUUGCGCGCAAUUUUAUUGCGCUCAUCAUGAACACGAUGGCGCCACCGGCGAUGAUUCCGCCAACGUAUACGGUCAGUUUCAAGCUCCGUACUGUCUUCUAAUGUUGGCCACUUCAUUUAUCGUGUGCAUACCUCCUGUGGUACCGUAUUCUCUUUUUUUUAAAUGACGCGAAUAAUUUCGAUCACAUUCUUUGCUCCAUUCGUCAUUGACUCGGACAAUUGUCACGUCGCCGUUACCGCCACAAUCAUCCACUCGCCGCCGCAUGAUUGUACGAAAAUUAUUCGAAGCACAGUUUCACUUCGUCAUGCAGUAAGUUGCCGGCGAGUAUAUACGGCUGUUCUUCUGCUAAAGAUGCUAGUCUGAAACCGGAGGUGCUAUUUCUGAGCACCGUAAUAUUUCGGUCGCGUAGGCGUGCUGAGCCAAGCGUAGCUUGUAAGACGGCGAAUUCGACAAUGGGGGCCCAGAACGAGGCUCAACUCGGUGGCUGCUUAGAUGACGACUCGUCUGCCUGCGGACGAAGCCGCGUUUUAAUAGGUCUUGUCCGCAUCACAGGCCCCUGGCGACGGCUGUCUCAGACUAAUGGUAACUUUCGAGCAGCAUGAAAGGGAACGCACCGUUUACUUUCAGAAGGCUGUAGUGACUAGACAGACACGUUUCCCACAAAAGUCUUCCGUGAGGCUAAUUAUCUGACGAGAAAGAAAACUCAAUUAUAUUGUUUCGGAUUACCAUCUAACGUUGGAAUCCACAGAUCAUGAGUAAAUGUUGGCUAAAAGCUAAUGCGGUGUUCCCUGUCAUAUUGCGCACGACUACAUUCGACUGGUUGCUACCGUGCUCCAAAUCGAUUUUCAGCGAUGCGGAGCCUCCUCAAGAAUGGAACCGGAGAAAGCUGACCACAGCCGAAUGUUCUGCUUCUCUCCGAGCAAUCUGAGUGGUCACGUGAUCGAGAUUCUGUCGCAUCUCGGUCGCGCUAUACCGGCGCUCCCAGCUCGAAGGUGAGAGCGUAUACCCGAGCGCUCUUAGCGGAGGCACGGCACUCUGGACUAACCGGGCGAAUAUGUUCCGAGCCCUCAAUUUCGAACAGCCGAAUGCAAACCGCUCCGCCGGAGCAGCUCUAGAGCGCUCGAAAGCGACCAGUCGAAUGUACCGUAACGCAAACUAAUCUCGAAAGCACUGCGGUUCCCGGAUUGUGGGCACCAAAAGCGACCGCUCAUGGCAUGACAUGAUGUCGUGGCCGCCACCUAUAGCGGCGUUCGCAGCGGGAACCGCUAAAGUGGUACGUAGUGUCAGAUUAUGACGCGACUUCCGCGUUGAAGAAGAGCAUAAGGCGCCAUAUUUUGGCAAGAUGCCUUUAUUUUUUCAUUUCUUAUCGUCUGUCCUGCGAGUAGGCCAUCCGCGGCGGCGUCCGAGCCAAUAACGAAGGCUGAUAAAAAUGUAAAAUGAAGUGUAUCGUCAGAAAAUGUGGCACCCGAACGCAUACUCCGCAAGCCUGCGAGCGAGCUGAGACGCACAUCUGCCCUUCAAUGGUGUUGAAGCCAGACAAGUACCAGCGUCAGUGCCGGUGACUGCUGUACAGUUUAGUACGUGCUAGCUCGACCUUAGAAUGUUUGCUCUGAAGAAAGCAAUGCGCAGUGGAGUAGUUGCCACCUCGAGUUCAGAAAUUUCGUGUUUGCCUUAAGACUGUGAGCGCGUUCGACGUGAACAGAGGCAACUUCCUGACAUGGUCCCAAAGCGUCUUAAGGUGGUAAGUAGGCUUAAUCAUCAGCGCUGAAACGAAUACGUUAAGCUUUCGUGUGAGGCACCGUCUACGAGAACGCGGGCUUUUAGGAAUGGGGCAGCGGUAGGGUUUGGUGGUAAUGACAUUUUUCGCGUGCUAUCGUAGCAGAUGUAAGAAAGAAGGUCUCGAUUUGUUUGCCUGUAGUCCUUCUGUCCAUUGUCUUGCGAUCAGCCCGUACCAUCCAUGAACCUGCUGGUGUAAUGGCGCAAACAGAAAGCCCGACAUCAACCCCUGUAGCCAUAACUUGACCUUAAACCGUUCAUCAUCAGAGGUACCUGUUCAUUUCACUAAACACGUGCACUGUAGGUCCAGCGAAUUCGACUGUAGCGUUCAACCGCGUAGGUUUCCGUGUUGUUCUAGCUAUUUUGCCAAGCCACAACAUCCUAAAAGCAUCCCCAACCAAUUGACUGCUCAGGAAAGCUCUGCAUCACGUUUUAAUAACUUUUCCUUUUUUUUAACAUCGUGGAAAUGAUCGUUGGAUGCUGCAACAUACGUGGCGCUGCGAUUUGUACGCAGGAACGGUGCCGCGAUAAGAUUACCGUGAAGAGGCGUGUUCCAUGUGUGCAACUAGCGAAGGCAGAGUAAACCUGCUUUGAGCACAUGUACGCGUUUGUGGGCCAGUAAAAGGAGACUCAUGACAAAAGUGCGAGUUGCAUAUGUGCUGCAAACUUAUUUCCCAAGGGUCAUACCACAGGAAAAUUGCACGAAGGGUUACGAAUUGCAAGUUGCACGUACUUAAAGUGGCUCUGAAAGUUUUAUAGGGUAUAUUUGAGCUUCGCUGAUAUGUAAAAUCAACCAGUUGUGUUCCUCAAAUGAUACAGUAAUGCAAGACUGGGAUCUAUGCGCUGAUAAAAUAAUGGAUAAUGCGUUCAAAUGCACUUGAACUCGCUUACAUAAGGUGUAUGCGAGCAAUGGUUAAGUCAUCAAGAAAGAACAAUUCGAAUCAUUGCAUACUAGGGUUCCAUUUUAUAGCAUGAAAUAACUGACUCAAGAUGUACGGAACACUCGAUGCACCCGAUUUCAUUUCGAGAAUAAAUAUUCGUAAGAAAGCAGGAAUUCGAACAUUCCAGUGGUACACAAAAUCUCCGAACGUUGCUGGCAACUUUUCAUACACAUAAGUAUUUCAACAUCGAGAGAGUGAACUAUUGUUCGAUUACACUUGUUAUCGUUUGCCGAUUCCUCGACAUCGUUAUGAGACAUCGUGAAUUGAAUAGAUUUUUAUCAGUAUAUGCAUCCGUGAUUUUUAAGCUGCACUGCUGGAAGAAGCUUGACCGUCGAAUAUUGAGGUUUGUCAACGUGACGAACUGGUCGUAUUUUGUUCAGCUUGUCUCCCUGAAACAAACAAACAAAAAUCCAAUGUGGCAUACAGUGUAUGGUGCAUACAAUCCGUGCGCUGAGUGCAGGUUCGCUUUACCUUACAGCCUAAUCUCGCGUCUAGAACUUUGCCUCAUUCUAAAUUUAGGCCCAUGGUACUGGCCGUCUGCUUUGUUCUAGCACUGGCUAUGGUGUUAGGCUGCUGAGAACGAUGUCGCGGUAUCGAAUCCCGGCCAUGGCGGCCGCAUUUCGAUGGGGGCGAAAUGCGAAAACACCCGUGUACUUAGAUUUAAGUGCACGUUAAAGAUCCCCAGGUGCUCGAAAUUUCCGGAGUCCUCCACUACGGCGUGCCUCAUAAUCAGAAAGUGGUUUUGGCACGUAAAACCCCAUAAUUUCUUUUUGUUCUAGCAUGCAGGCAUGCAGUAACGGCGGCCAACAGACAGAUGUGAUCGUACAUGGCAGUAAUGCGCUGUAGCACGGACUCGCGAUAAGGAAAUUUCGUACCUUCCGAAGAUGCCCGGUGUGCAACGAAAUACGAAGCAGUGCAUUUGUGGGAACACUUGCUACUUCAGUACGUUUAGCAAAUCCAUUGGUGUAGGUAGUGCCAGUUUGUUUAUGUUGACAGAAAAGUUAAAGUACCCAAACCAUAGAGAGAACCAUUACAUUCCUCCGUUCAGCGCAACUCCGUUUAGGUUGCCUGUACGCUCGUCGACGACACAUGUUCGAUGUCAUCGGCAUAUUGAAACUGACGUUGCUACGAAAGUUUGCGAAAAGACGCCUGGUUGCCUCGCCUCAUCGCUGCGAUGUCAGCCCGCCCGCGAUUUUAAUGGGUCAGGUGACCGCCACUAACCUUCCUGCACACAUUACACAAGAGGCUGCCUGUACACCGGCGUGUCUGUUAUCGGGUGCGAGUUAUUGUUUUGUCACUUCAACACGCGCAUUUGUGACACCAACAGGUCUGACCUCUUGCAUCGCAACAUGUACCUUUGUUAGCAGCAGCGCACAUAUUGUACCGUGUGAACAAGGACCCCGCCCUUCCUGCGUUGUAGAAAACCAAAAACAGAUAACGUAGGAGCGAAGAGAGGGAGUACCAACUCGGUACUCGAUGGCGGUGGACUCGUAUUGAAUAAAUGCAUACUGGGCACUAAAUGUAAAUUCAUAAUGGUUGCAUUGCGUAGAUGUUCACUAAAGAGGAAAAAAAGUAACUUGCUAAUGUAGGCUGUAUGCCGACUUCUGCAUUAUUGCGAGAGGAGGCCUGGUGAGCCAUAAAAGACGUUAAAGCAAAAUACUGGUCGCGAAGCACCCUGAAGUUUUCUCAUCAGCUCGCUGCGUCGGAAUGCACUUCUUUGACAGCGUAGACACCUGUAUUGGUUGUUUACCACUAAAGAACGACCACAUUGUAUUCCAAAAGAAUCCAAGGCUCAACCUCACCUGUUCGAGAUGCUUUAGUCUGUCACUCUAUUGAAAUUGGCCCACAUGCGAGAAAAUACUUUGAAAUCUGUAACUUCAAACUGGUGUAACGACACUAAGGCUCCUGCGGCGAUACUUCAAAGAAAAAGAAAGAGAACUUCUGCUUGCAUUUUUUAAAAUUCGUGAUCGACCUUUUUCCACUAAACAAUUGAAAAUAGUUUUCAAUUAUUACUUUACCAAUUUAAACUUGUUAAUAUUGCUCUUUUGUGUCGCUUUAAGGUGCGAGUGCAAACUGGGCUGACGACGUCUUUUUUGUACGCACGCGCAGUUACGCUCUUGGAGAAAAAAUGAGUGCGGGUGCUACUAUGGUCUCUUUGGAUAUACGUGGUGUGGUACUGCAGUGGAAGCUACGCUGGAAGUCAGGGCCGCGAUCGUGCUUUACGUCUGCUUUACGUCUGCUCAGUUUCCAGGAUCGAAGCCCGCCUCGUAGCUUCCAUUACAGAGCUGCGUUAUGUUGAAGUUCGGUAUGGUUAAAUCCCCUUUUGAUCUUGUUGGCGAUGGUUGAAGGCGUUAUAGUUCUCUUUACGCGCUUGACUGCCAUGCACACUGAUCAAACAAUCUCGGCAUUCGCUGAGUACCCACUACUUGUCCGGCAUAGUCAAACGAGAGCAAUGCAAUUUCUGGCGGCCAAGUUUUUAAUGGUAUGGUGGCUCCAUGCCUCGUGUUAAAAUAUAUAUAUGUAUGUUCACUGCGCAUCGCGGAUGCAGACAAUGGGACCAGAUGACGACACUGGUGAUUGCUGAAUCGCUCUCUCGAUCUCUCCGAAAUAGUUUUCUGUGCGACCACAACUCGGUUCGACGAGAACGACGGCGAAAAAUUAACCGCAUGAACUCUGUGGAGCACAUAUCGAUAAUUAAAACAGACUAAAAGUAAUAACGAAAACACCUUCUUUUCCUUUUUUUUUUCUUGAAGAGUUUCACUUGCGGUACCUGCAGCACUUGUCAAGUUACACUUUCCCCGAGAAAGUAGUUGCAAGGGUUCUCUGUCUGAUACCACGUUGCUACUCUUGCGUUGCUAAUGUGCUGGACGCGAGAAAAUCACACCAGCAAUCUGACAAGUAUAUUUAAUACAAGUAAAUGCGAGCCUGCCUUCUUACAAUCCUCACUUCUAGCCUGCACUUCACUGCGAAAAUAAGUGCAAGUUAUUGUGCAUGCUCAUGCCGAAGCGGACCGUUUCCCGGUGGCUGAUCAGAGAGUACGAAUAAGCAAUUUAAAAAAAGGCGCACGAGAGCACUUGUCUAAAGAACAGAAGGACUAUUAGUGAGUGCCUGAGAGUGUGUGUGGUGUAUGCCUGCUGUUCACGUGAGAAUGUGUGCGUGUUCUGAUCGUCUGCUUUUUACGCAUGCGUCUGAGCUGCGAACACGAGUUUCAGAAUCACGAUCCUCGAAACUAGCAGACGGCGCCCAAGUUGACAAACGUAUCAGGCCUAACUUCUGCGAUCAGCGUCACGAGAGACCGUCGCAAAAGACAGGGAAGAAACAGAAAUGAAGUAAAAUAUAUAAAAAAGCAGGAAAUGAAGAGAGACAAACUACUUUAUCGGAACUCUAAUAGUCUAUCUUAUUUGCAUGUGUUCUUUCUCUUCUAGUCGUUGCAGAAUAUACAACACUCAAGAGCUCCCUUUAAUUAACACCGAGAAUAACCGUAGCCUUUCUUUCUUUCUUUCUUUCUCUCUUUCUUUCUUUCUUUGGUGAAAACUGACAUUGUGAGUUUGACUUUUUGGCUUAUACACUAAACGGACGCAGCACAUAGAAGACCGUCACUGGUAUUACAAAGUUCAGCUGCUUGCGUCUCGCCGUUUAUUUUUUUUCAGGCCCUUUCAAAAUAGAAAAUAAGGAAAGACCAUCCCAAAAGCUUUUUAGGCGUUUCGAGUGCAGCACCAGUGUCGUACGCGUUCCUGUCUGGACAGCCCGCGUGUCGAUGCAGUCUGGUGAAGUUGUGCCAAAUCAGUGAUGCGACUCGGACGUUUAUUACAGAGCAAGGUUUAAGCAUGUUUGUUGUUCAUGGGGACUUGGAUCAACACCCUUCUUUCACUGACUGACUGAUGUAUUGUUUUAUUUAUAAAGAAAACAAAAGAAAAGAAGUACAAAAACCUC